GAGAGAGAGAGAGAGAGAGAGAGAGAGAGAGAGAGAGAGAGAGAGAGAGAGAGAUGGAGAGUGACGAGAGCGGGGCUUCGCUGCCGUCGACGGGACCGGACGCUCGGAAGCGGCGAGUGAGUUACUUCUACGAACCGACGAUCGGCGACUACUACUACGGUCAAGGCCAUCCCAUGAAGCCUCACCGGAUCCGAAUGGCUCACAGCCUCAUCGUCCACUACCACCUCCACCGCCGCAUGGAGAUCUCCCGCCCUUCCCUCGCCGACGCCUCCGACAUCGGCCGCUUUCACGCCCCCGAAUACGUCUCCUUCCUCUCCUCCGUCUCCCCGGAAUCCAUGUCCGAUCCUUCCUUGUCUCGCAGCCUCAAGCGCUUCAACGUCGGCGAGGACUGCCCCGUCUUCGACGGCCUUUUCGAUUUCUGCCGCGCCUCCGCCGGUGGCUCCCUCGGUGCCGCGAUCAAGCUCAACCGCAAGGACGCCGACAUCGCCAUCAACUGGGCCGGUGGUCUCCACCACGCUAAGAAGAGCGAGGCUUCUGGGUUUUGUUACGUCAACGACAUCGUCCUCGGGAUUCUCGAGCUCCUCAAGAUUUUUAGGAGGGUUCUCUACAUAGAUAUUGACGUUCACCAUGGAGAUGGAGUAGAAGAAGCCUUUUACACCACUGAUAGGGUUAUGACCGUUUCUUUCCACAAAUUUGGGGACUUCUUCCCAGGGACCGGACACAUAAGAGACAUAGGGGUCGACAAGGGGAAAUACUACGCUCUGAAUGUUCCCUUGAAUGACGGUAUGGACGACGAAAGUUUCCGCCGUUUGUUCAGGCCGAUUAUACAGAAGGUUAUGGAGGUGUAUCAGCCAGAAGCAGUUGUACUUCAGUGCGGGGCUGACUCUUUAAGCGGUGAUCGAUUGGGUUGCUUCAACUUAUCGGUCAAGGGCCAUGCUGAUUGCCUUCGGUUCUUGAGAUCUUUCAAUAUUCCUCUCAUGGUAUUGGGCGGUGGAGGGUAUACUAUCCGCAAUGUCGCCCGAUGCUGGUGCUAUGAGACAGCAGUUGCUGUUGGUGUGGAGCCGGAGAACAAACUUCCUUACAACGAGUAUUUCGAGUACUUUGGGCCAGACUAUACACUUCAUGUCGAUCCAAGCCCCAUGGAAAACUUAAACGCACCGAAAGAUAUGGAAAAAAUAAGGACCACGUUAUUGGAGCAACUCUCUAAACUGAUACACACGCCUAGUGUACAGUUCCAGCACACUCCACCGAUCAGUCAACUCUCCGAGGAGCCGGAAGAGGAGAUGGAGAAAAGGCCAAAACCUCGCAUUUGGAGUGGCAGUUCAACUUAUGAUUCAGAUUCAGACGAGGAUGAGAAACCUCCUCGUGGUGACCAAUUUCAUGAUUUUCCCACAGACAGGUAUUCCACGGGCGAGGAUGAGAUGGACGAGGACAAACCGGAAGUGAAGCCCCCUCCCCCUCCUUAAAACCGACCGUACGCACAAACACAUGCUUUUGAAGAUUAGAUUACAGGGGGGGGGGGUUAUGAUAGUGCCGUUAGAUUAGGGCAAAACAGAGUCUGAAGAAAGGGUUCUUUUGGGUUUUGAAGCUUUUAACCCUUGAUUGGCGAAACACAACCGAAAGAUGUGAUCUUGCGAAUUAUUAUAUUCUUUGUGGUUGUUGGAAUGAGAUACUUUGUCUCGCUUUGAACUUGAUUGGUUAUGCGUGGAGUUAGGGUUUCUAAAAGACUCUGUGUUUCAGUUUAGAGGCUGACCGCUGUGUUUUCAGGCAAGGCUUUUACGGUUUGAUGGAGGAUUUGUGUAUUGUCAAAAAUCCGGCAACUUGUGGAGUUUCUCUC